ACCUCAUCACAACAAUAGGGCCGCUUCACUGAAAGCGGUGCCCCCCCAAACUGACAAGCCAAGGCCAGAGGGUGGCUUUUGAACAGGGACCAAAGUCGGUUGCCAUGGCGAUGCCUGUCAACCGGGAAGUUCUUCGUGGAGGCAGUCGGGGCGAAGGGCUGAGAUAGAGAGACAGAUAGAGAGAGAGAGAGAGAGACAGAGAGAUUGUGUGUCCCGGUUAGUGUCAUUAGUGAGAGAGAGACUCAGCAGGGAGGGUCUCCAGCGAGGUUUACUGCUAGAGGCGUCGGUUCACUCGUCGGUGCCACUUUUAAGGUACUUUUUAUGCUGGACACAAGAAUUUCUCAUCUGUCACAAAAGGACCAUAACAGAUCACAUGCAGUCGCAGCGAUGUGUGGAAGUAGUCGGAGAUCCAAAUGGCUCCUCCGGGGAGUCCAGAGAUACACCGGGUCAACAAAUCCUGACUUCCCCAGAGCUGGCCCAUGAGGUGGUCAUCUCCCCCGGACUCCCUACGCCUCCCCUGAGCCCUUUUCGUUCGGCGGCAUUGCCAUUUGGAGAGUGCAAGGUGUCGGACGUGAAUGGAAGUGGACCAACCACUCUCAGCUUUGGAUCUUACUAUGGGCCUUCACAGUUGCAUGGUGGACUGUCCAACGGUGUCCAGGGUUCUGCCACUGUCCCACACGGCUGGACCAGGGAGGAGAAGCUUAUCAAGUUCUCAGGAAUCGGUCCAGUGGAUGAAACGGGGAUGCCCAUCGCCUCCAGAUCAAGUGUGAACAAGCCCAAAGACUGGUACAAGAGCAUGUUCAGACAGAUUCACAAGAGGCCAGAGGAACCCGAUCUGAUGGACUCGGAGCCGUGGUCAGCCGAACGCCUCCAGUUAUCCACCAACACAGAAGAAAGCAACGAAGCAGACGCCAAUUUCUUCAGAAUGACGCCUCAUGGAGCCCUGCCAGACUGGAGCGAGGGUGUAGAUAAGCUGUCGGACCCGGGGAAGCAGCAUCCUGAGCCGAGGAGCGUAUUUGACUUUGAGCCGGGGCAGAGCAGCACCUCACGCCUCCACAGCCAGGUUCACGUCUCUCAGAAGAAACAACCCGAAACACUCAAGUCCCCAUCAAUCGAGGCCAGUCUGGUCUCUGAGCUGAGUCGGUUUGAGGCUGAGCUGGACUCGGACAUCCAGGGCCUGGAGAGGAGACUGUCCCAGAAGAAGCAGCACCGAGGCCGGGGUGAGGAGGCCAGAGGCGGGGAUCCGGAGACUGGUUCAAAGACUGGGACUACAUACCACAGUAAUUCCUCAGCAACAAGGCAGCCGGUCCGUCACUCUGUUGGCACAUCACUGACCUCUGCUCCCACAUAUGUAGAACGUCUUUCCCCUUCUAAUGACGCCAUGGAGCUCCCACCUAAGAAAGAAGAGAAAAAGAUGAAAGCAGCGCGAGCCAAGUUCAAUUUCCAGGCUCAGUCCCCCAAGGAGCUAACGCUGCAGAAAGGCGACAUCGUUUACAUCCACAGGCAGGUAGAUGGCAACUGGUUCGAAGGAGAGCAUCACGGGCGAGCUGGCAUUUUCCCCACAUCUUAUGUAGAGAUUCUGCCUCCCACAGAGAAGCCGACACCCAUCAAGUCCCCCACACUGCAGGUGUUGGACUACGGCGAAGCGGUGGCUCUGUUUAACUUCAACGCGGACCUACCUGUUGAACUGUCUUUUCGAAAAGGCGAGACGAUCGACGUAACCAGGCGCGUUGACGAUAAGUGGUUAGAGGGGAGGAUCUCAGGGACCCUUCGGAGCGGCAUCUUUCCGGCCAGUUAUGUCCAGGUCAACAAGAUGCCGCGCACAAAAUUCUCUGCGGAUGACUUCCCACCGGGGCCCAUGUCCCCUGGCUCCCCUGGACCCCAGAGUCCGGGGCGUCCCCUCAACUCACCCUGCCCGCGGUCACCGUUGUCCCCCCUUACCCCCACUGCCCUCAGCCCCCAACCCGAGCACUACCCACUGAAGCCAUCUUCACCGCUCCCUUACGGCAGUGCAGCUUCACAGUCGCGCUCCCCCACCCUGUCACCUGUGUCCAAAGAAUCGGCCUACCGGUGGCCCUCCAAAAAUGCCGCCCUCAGCCACCGGAUCGGAACGAACGCCGCCAACCACGGCUCCGCGGCUCCAGCGGCGUCCCCUUCCGCUCACAGAGCUGGAGCUUCCACGGCAAACGCGUCCCCCAGAUACACUGACCCCUCACAGGGUGCGUGGCCGAACCAGGCCGCUCGACUCAAUCCACACGGUAACUCCCUUCAGCAACCACGAGUGCCAAUCAUCCCCGAUUCCUCAGUCGUGCAACGCCAACCAUAUAAAGCUGUUUACAACUACAAACCACAAAAUUCAGAUGAGUUGGAGCUCAGAGAAGGAGACAUCGUAAGAGUGAUGGAGAAAUGCGAUGAUGGCUGGUUUGUAGGUACGUCAGAACGGACUCGUGCUUUUGGGACUUUUCCUGGGAAUUACGUGGCACCUCUUUGACCUUCUCACUUCCUGCUUGCCCACAUCCACCUGAACUCCUAAGAGCCCAACCAACCACUCGCUCAGCUCUCUUCAACCGAUCCCUCUUUGACACUCCAGCAUUUGUCCGCCCUGUUAUACCCACAACACUCCCCCACCUAGUCCUGCAUCUGCACCUCUGUCUCCCAGCACAGAGGUGCAGAUGCCUCCUUGCAUGAGUGCAUGUGUCCGUGUGUGUCUGUGAAUGUGUUCCACUGAGUGUUGGAGAGUGUUGAGAGGAAUUAAUCAAUGCUUAUUGUACUGUUUGCGGUGUAAAGAAUGGACUUUUUUGUUCCACAACUGUUUGCAGCUGCAGGAAAUUAGCAUUUCUCCCCAGUGAACAGUGCUGUUCCUUCUGAGGGCCUGAUACAGUAUGACGCUUUUGUCUCUCUCUCUCACCACAGUGCCAUCACAAACCACUGCUGAGAAUGAAUGAAUAAGAAUGUUUCAGGCAUUGCCAUUGAUUAAUGUAUCCUCCAAAUAUCUUACUCAGAUUUUCUUUCAGAUCUCUGAAAAUACCAUGGGCAAGUUUGAGGGAACCACACAAACAUGUGUGCUUAAAGUAAAGCACUUUAAGGUCCCGGACAUGUCAAGAGAAGUUUACAGCCUUUAACGAGGCUAUACAGAAAAGCAAAUAUAAUUAAUGUGUCUACUGUUUUCAUAAGCAUGUUAUUCAUUAUAGGAUAUUUUGCUUUUUUGUAUUUCCCAAGCCAUGGAGUGGAAUGCCGAAUGUUCAUGCAAUGAGAUGGAUCGUGUAUUGGGCCGUGAGAGGAGUUGCUUUGAUUUUCAAUGAAUCAGCUGUGUUGAAAAACUCAAGAGUUAGACAUCGACAUCACAUCUAAAGAAAAUAGAAUGAUCUUUUGAAGUAUUUGAAGUAAAGUUUCAUGUGCCAAAUCUAACCUUCCAUGAUAUACCUUUUUUUUAAUGAUCCAUUUAACAUUUCCAGCUUUAUUUUCAUUACAACUGCUUUCACAAUGUUUCUGCUUACAGGGCUAACAUUCUCACUUUGACCGUAUUUCUAAAAUCACUUACGUUUGUAGCAGUGCAAUCUUUGACAAGUGAGGCAAAGUUAGACAUCCUUAUUAAUGUGGUAAUUCUGCAAAUGUAUAUGAAUAUUCAUGAUUGUACAUACUGCAACAAAUUUAAAGUAUAAUAUAUAUUUGCUUAUAAAAUGUAUCUCAUAUGUAUGGUACGAAAUCUUUUCAUUAAACAUCACAGAGUGAUACUGAAAGAA